AUGAUUUUCUUUCGAUUCUACCUUCUUUUUCAUCAAUUUUCUCUUUCAUUUUGGUUUUCUUCUUUCUUUUCGUUAUUUCUUCUGUCUUUCUAUUUUCGUUCGAUGCCGCUUCACAGUGCUUCACCAUCAUCACAUGUUGAUUUUAUUACAUCGAAUUUUUCUUUCCUUUUUCUCUCUCUUUUCUCUCUCUCACUUUUCUCUCUCUCACUAUUCUCUCUCUUCUCUCUCUCGUUACUCUCACUCUCUUCUCUCUCUACUCUCACUCUCUUCUCUCUCUUUACUACACUUUCUUCUCUCUCUUUACUACUCUCUUUACUACUUUAUCUCUCCCUUCUCCUCUCUCUCCCUUCCCUUCUCCUCUCUCUCCCUUCUCCUCUCUUUCCCUUCUCCUCUCUACCCUAUCUCUCUUAUCUCCUCUCUCUCUUCUCUCUCCUCUCUCUCCUCACUACUCUCUCUCUCUCUUCUCUCUCUCCUCACUACUCUCUCUCUCUCUUCUCUCUCACUCUCUGA